AUGGGCUGUAGCAGUGGAUUAGUUUCUGGAAGUGAUCCUCCCGACAGCGGAGAUGGUGGUCCUCCAGUUGAUGAAGAUGAUGAAGAUCAUAAGAUACAGUGUCAGGAUGAGCCAUUCGAAGAGGCUGCUUUAGAAGAUGGAAACCACUAUCAUAGCGAAGACAAGGAAGACUUCGAUGCACCUGUUGAGUUCGAGCAGCGCUUGCGACUGCCUGUUGGAUCUAAUGGCUUUGAUGAUGUUAACACAACCUGCUUGUUUUCCGAUGAGAGUGUUCAAAGACAUGAACGCUCAACUGACAAUUCACGAAGUGAAGAUUAUGCUUCAAAAAGAGAAUCUAAAGGGCUAGAGUCACAUUAUAAUAUUGAGGAUUUCUUCGAUAAAGGCAGAGAAUUGGGCCAUGUGAUGGUGCAUGCAGGAGGUUCUAAUCCAGAGGCAAAUCAGCAGGCAUGUCUUUCUUUUGUGUAA